UAUUCCCUUUGUCAAUAUGCUAGGCAGAAUUGUUAGACCUGUUCAAUAAAGCAAGGGCAAAUGGCCUGCAGGAAAUCAGAUUGUUGGAACUAGAUGCAAUACAACCACUGUGAGCGCGCUCGAAUGCAAAUGCACUGUUGGAGCACAACAAAGGAAACCUCGAACACAUUUCACAUAGAACAGUUUCACCUCAAUCUAGAGUGCCUUCACUUGUGAACUUCAGGAAGAAAGAUGAUUUAAUAGCAUAUGCAAAGACACAAACGUUACUUACUUUUUUGCAGGGUUUCACACAGGCUAGAUAGUGAAAGCCCAACCCGGAAACGUAGGAGAAUGUCGCAAGGGUUGAUCGAUUUGGCAGCUUCACCAAGUCCUCCCUUAGUUAGACCGUGGCAAACACCAAACCAAUCGCAACCGUGGUUGCCAAGUUCCAGCUUAAGUAAUUAUAAUAAUCCACGAUUGGGCUCAAUCAUUGACCGUUGCAACACGCAAGCUAGAAUAUCAGAUAGGAGAAGUCCUCAGGCAAGACGACAAAGUCAACGACAAAGGGAAAGACAAUCACGCAAUCUUCACAACAACAAUAGUAACAAUAACGUAUCAAGUGGUCUAGCGCCCUCUAGUGAAAGAACAGCAUUCCAGCCUCCAAUCCCAAACCAAAGGCCCUAUCCUUCGUCAACGUCCCAAACGAUGGUCCAGCCCCAUAUUAUCAUUGAUUUCAAUGACUUAGCUAGAAAUAGACAAGUUCCGAUACCCGUGUCAACAACCACAGUUCCUGUAUCCAUCCCAGUUUCAAUGCCGACAUAUGCAGUUCCUAUUUGCACCGGUCACUCAAUUCCGGGAUGCAACCUCCACCAUGGACCAUACACAACGAUACCCCACUGCAAUACUCCCCACCCACCACCAUUUCCUGUCUGUGGUGUGGGACACUUCCCUCUAUGUAGCGUAACUCAAUUGCCUGGAUGUAAUUCACAUCAUAUGCCUGUCACGCAGCCUGGUGUGCCAUCGUUCUUUACGCAUGAGAUGCUAAUGGCUCAUCCGCACCUCCACCAUCAUGCACCCCCAGUACAGUACAUCCCCGCACCCCCUCACCAGCAUGCUCGGCAACCUGAAGUGGAGCUAAUAUCAGAACGGCCAGCACCAUUUCACCAUGUGCAUUCCUUACAACAUACGCACUCGUUGAAUCAAUCUACCCCUAUGCACAUGCUGCCCGAGAGUAUGAUUCGAAAUCCAGCAGCCGAUGUUUUGCAUAUGCAUCCAAGACUUAGUCGACCAAAUGUACACCCAAGAAGACAGAUCCGAGGUAUGUGGCGUAGCCCACCGGUUCCACCUCAGCCAACGUAUACAAGUGGGCUUCUUCUACACUACAUUGUACCCAAUGCAUCAGUUGCUCCAACAGCAUAUGGAGUUAACUUGGACAAUGAAAAUGCAGAAGUAGAAAACUAUGAGGCUUUGUUAAACCUAGCUGAAAGACUCGGUGAAGCAAAACCAAAAGGUUUAACGAAAUCAGCCAUCGAUCAGUUACCAUCAUAUCGCUACAACCCUGACACACACAAAUCCCAUAAUGACCAAACAUGUUGCGUUGUGUGCAUGUCUGAAUUUGAAACAAGACAGUUGUUGCGAGUUCUUCCGUGCAGCCAUGAAUUUCAUGCCAAAUGCGUCGACAAGUGGCUGAAGACGAACCGCACCUGCCCGAUCUGCCGUGCCGAUGCGUCCGACUUGGGCAACACAACAGAAUGAGUCCAUUGAACGGACACCUGCAGAUGCUUCCUGUCACCUUCGGGGGUGUAGCAUCAACGUCGUGUCCUAUUGCAGCCGUUGGCUUGAUUGUUGUUAUUUUCUCUUUGAGCUGUUCAAAUGGCUGAUCAGCCAAAUCGAGUGUAUUUGCAGAUUAUAGCACAAUAUAUGAUAGGGUUAGCUGUGCUGCUCUUUAUAAGCUUGUGGUGGUCGUGACCAAAUUACCUGAUUAAUUAACUCGUUUAUUGAUUAAUUAGCUUCCAAUCAUGGAACAAUAACAUAUUUUUAUUAUCGAUUUUCAUAUUUUUUUCUAUAUAUGGAUUAUCUAUUCGUAUAUUUUUCUUUGUUCAUAUAGGGAAUGUUUAUUUUUCCAUAUAAGGAAUUUAUUUCCAUAUAUGGAAUAUAUAUAUCCAUAUAUGGCUGUUUGCCAAGUGUUACGUAUUAUUAUAAUAAUAAGCUGCACCUUUAAACUUCACAUGUAUUGUGUAUGUAAUAAUCUCAAGUUUAAAUCACAAAAAUUUAGUGCCUAAGUUUUUUUGUAUUCCAAAAAUGCCUUUGAAUGUAUCUAAUGCCAACUAUCUUACAAUCAGUAUUUAUAGGGGAUUUAUGUUAAUGUUGAUUUUAAUGCUUUUUUUUUUGGUUGUUAUUUGUUUGAAAAAUGUUAAUUAUAUAUGUUUGUGCUAGACCCUUUCACUAUAGAUUUAAUCAGUACUGUAUUAUCAAUAGGGUGUUGUUUUUUGCAAAAAGAAUCGUAAUAUAAUAGCAAUAGAUACGUAAUUUUUAGAAAUAUUUUUGUUAGAUGUUUUCUUUAAAUUUUAUUUUUAAGACUUCCAACAUACUAUGGAGGACUUAACUGUCCAUAAAUAUUGAUCAAAUUUGAUACCAAAAUUAUUAUUUUAUACUACCAUAAUAUCCAUCCAAUUUUUAAUGGAUUUUUUGUAGACUGGUUUAGUGAGUUUUAAUUGAUUUUUUGAAAUUCAUUUAUGCAUGUUGUAUAUUAUUACAAUAGAGGUGUUCUUAUAUGUGGUAAACUAACCAAAGCACAUGAAUAUAAUGAAUUAUCCGGUAUUUAUUGUUGUAGAACUCAGAAGAUAAAAUGAUAAUUAGGUCACACUGCUUGGAAAAAAUUCAAUUCAUUUAUUCUCUGCUCACACUAAAUUCCUUCACCUAGCCAUUCAUUUAUAUUGUCUACCAUGCUUGAUGUAUCCAUUAUCUGGUUGUAAAAGUUACCACAUUGAUCAUUCAAUCAAAGCUGUCUUCCUAAUUUGUAGUAGACCUCACCUCUUAUAAUUUACGUCCACUAGAAUUUAUUUGGUGUUAUAAAUUUAAAAUUUUAUAUUCUUAAUGCAUGCAUAUGGAUACUAGACGUUUAUGGACUGGAUUUUCAUGCAUACAUUCUAUUAAAUAGCUCUUUGAUAGCAUAUAGUUAAUUUGCAUGUUCUUAGGUUUGUGAACACCAAUGUAACAUCUGUUACUUAAUGUGGUUAUGCUACAUAGAGGAUCAGCCACAUUAGUUUUAAUCUUUUCUAUCCAACACUUGUACUCCACCCAUCCCCACCCCACAAAUGUGCACCCAACCAACAUGCAGUUGCUUGAAUCAGAAAUAGUAUGUUGGAAAUCUUAAAAUGUUGGUAACAAUUUUCGAUUAAGUGUGGAUGUCUGCAUUGGAGAUACAUGCUUAGAUUUGUCAGCAGGGCAUUAUUCUUGUUAACAUCAUCAUCUAAAGUUGCGGGCACCAUCUUAAUAAUUAAUGGCAGGGGAUGCUUUUUGUAAAUCAUUAUUUUUUAUAGUUUUAUGAAUAACUUUUAAUUUGAGGUGUUGUGCAGUGUAGCACUUUAAAUGUGAUGCGAUGAUCAUUGCUCUCACAAGCAUUGCUUACAUGAGCAUCGCUUGAAUGAGCAUAGCUUCAAUGAGCAUCUCUUUCAUGAGGAUCGCUUCCGUGAGCAUCGCUCACACUCAGUAUCACUAAUUCAGGGUAAUAAUUUCUAUUAAUGUUUUGAUUUAUUUCUUAAAUUAUUAUUUAACAACUCAAAUUUUACCAAUAAUAAUGGUGGAUUAAUUUGAUUGCUUGGUGAGUUUGUGGACAUAUUUUCCAUAAAAUCUUGUUCAAAUUAAUUGAAAUAGUAGAAAUGAAUUAGCAUAUAUCACAUCUAUGGAAUUUUAUUAACUAGCACAAGAAAAAGUUAAAUAUAUAAAGUAUAUGCAUGGAAUUUUGAAAAGGAAUAUGACUGUGUAUUGUAAUAUGUUCACUAUUCAAGUAGCUGUAACCAGGCUUUAAAAGUAACAAGCACAGAUUUAGAAUGCACUUUUUAGGGCAAGUUAUUCCAUAUGCCAUAUGUGUUUAUAUGGCAUAUGUGUCCAUGUGCAUUGUGCAGAAAAUAAUUCUUGCUGCUUGUAAAGAAAUAUGUUAACAAUUAUGUAUCUGGUUUAUGAAAGAAAAAAGCAAUUAACUAAUAUUUUAAAUAUUAAAACAUGCUUUGAAGUAAUAGAGAUUAAUUAGGUUACUUGGGCAGGUUCGAUCAAAUAUACUUCUAUUUUUAACUAACAUUUAGCCCAAAUCACAUUCAAGCCUAUUCACAUUUUGUUUUGCAUGUGUUUAGAGUUUUAUGAUAUGACAGUAUUUAUAAAUUUUUUUAACAAUUUUACUUAGUAAUUUGCAAUAUGUAUCUAUAGGUGUAGAUGAAUCUGACUGAGAUGGAUAAAAUUGCUGUGUACUCUCCAACUCAAUAUGCACUCUUUACAUAAGGGAAUGAAAAGAUAACAAAAGUAACACACAUAUUUAGAAUGAUAUCUGUUACAUGUAUUGUAGUUUUUUAUAUUUCUUUAUCACAGGAGAACAAUUAGUAAACAAAAAUUGCGAUAAAAUAUUUGGAACAAGUUUGUGAAAUUUGGAUUAAUAAAUCAAUUUUGAUUAAAGCACCCUAUUGAUGAAUUUCCAAUCACAAGUAAUAUUGUCAUUAAAAUAAUUUAAUUGCUCAAAUUUUACAAAGAUGUUCCAAUGAAAAAAAAGACAAUAGAAGUGUUUAUUUUGCUGCUAGUAUCUACGUAGCUACCUCAUUACUAACAAAUUAGUGUGAUUAAUUACAAGUCGUCGUUAAGAUUGGUUUGAUUGGAGGAAUACUAAAAUGUAUGUGUUGGUAAAAUUACUACUAAUAUUGUGCUAUAACUGUUUUGCUUAUAUCUGUUCACUACGAUCAUCAAUAUAUACAUACCAGGGAUAUUAAUGGUAUACUUUAAUUAGUUUAGCUGAUCAGAAAAUGUGCCUUUUAAAUAACUAAAUGGAAUCAAUUAAUUAAUGGAUGUGUUUGUCUUAUUAAUUUAUCCAUUGCAUAUAAUUAAUAUUGUGUUUUUAUGUCAUAGUAAACUUAGAAGAAUUUAUAAAACCUUGUAUAAACAAAAUUAACAUAUAAUUCACAGGAUAAAAUAGACUAAAAAAUAUAAUGUAAUUUUAAUGCAACUUAGACGAGUCAAAUUAAUGUACCACUGACAUACACUAUGCUACAUGUAUCACAUCAUUGUUUUAGCUUAUUUCAAUUUAUACAAUUAAUGAUUACUUAUUGAAACUUGCUUUUGUCACACAUAAUGAUUGAACACUAAUUAAUACCAACUUAAUUGGCAUAGAUUUAUGUAUUAGGGUUUACAUUUAUUUAAAUUAUAUUUUAUUAUCUCAAAAUGCCUUUGUUAUUAUUUUAAACUUUCAAAGAUAAUACUUGUCUAUUCCAUAACCCAUACUGUCCUAUUUUUUAUCCAUGUUAAGUAAAGUGUUGUGUUUUAAAUGGCUUUGUUUCUCAUAUCAGGUUUCUCCAUGGUGUUUUAAUAAAUAAAGACGUAUAAAAUUCAGUAAUAAGCUUAGAUACGGUUUCCAGAUGAGGAUUUCUACUUAAUACUAACCAAGAAGUGUAGUCUUGCUAUUCAAUAUGCAAAACAUAGGGGUUUGUAGUUUGUGGUCCAGUUGAUACAUAGUGUUGUACGUUCGCAUUACAUGAAUGAUCUCUGAAGGUUCUGAUAUUGUGUGGUUUGGUCUUCUAUGGGCUAAAAUAGCGGUAGACGUUGGUUAAUAUCUAGACGUAGACAAACAAGCUUAAUGUGAUCAGCUAGGCAAGUAAAGAAAGGCAGUAUGCCAGCCAAAAAAUAAGUCUUGCAUAUAUAUUUAUGCCUAAGCAUGUUCUCAUACAAUAGUCGUAAAUUGUUCAAAAUAAUUGUGAAUUACAAACACAACUUUGUUGUCGUGAGGGAGACAUUGUGUUCCUGUGGAUGUUCAGAAGAAGACCUUGCACUCACAUUUGUUUUGGUAACGUCACUAAGGAUUUAUGGUUUUUGUAGAGAGCAAUAUGAGCUUAUAAAUUAACUGGCUAUCUAAACACAAGCAUUGUAAAUCAAUGGCAUAUAGAUCUUUGUCACUUUCCUCACAUUAUACUUAUGUACUACCAAAUAUGAAAUAGUCAUCACAGAAUUUUCUUGAACAUUUCAUAAUUGACAAACAUUGUGAUUCACAUAAACAAAAUGAUUGUAGUUGCCUGUGUAAAACUGAAAUGGCUAAAAAGCUCUAUUCACAUCAAAAUUAAUUAGAGGUUUGUUUAGGUCAUUUGCAAAUGUUUAUUAUGGUGGUGGUACCUAGUUUUAAUGUAACUUUAAUGCGGUUGUUCUUUGAUGGCGAACAGUAAAUGUGAAUUUGAAGUUUUCACACUUUCCUGUAGUCGCUUUACAACUACAGUAGUUGUUCUUUUGGUUGCCUACAAUAAUCAUAUACCAUAGACCCAGGUUGACCUGUAAACCUGGUUGACUUGUCUGUGAUCCUUUGAAAUUUUGAAGGUUUUCGUGUUGUUUGGUGUUUGCUGGGCUUGUUUCUUGAAUUGCAUUUGAAUGCUGCCUAUCUAAGCAGUUAAAGAAAAGCAAAAAUACUGUAAUUUAAAUAUUGUUACAACAGUUUGGAAGAAAUUGGUGUUUUUGUUUGUGGCUCUACAUUUUAUGAGUUUUCUUGCCAACACACUGAAAGAGGGAUUAGCAGCUCUAGAACAUCCUCAUUUAUCAGGCUACCCUUAAUUUGCAACAAUUAGGCUCACUAUAAUAAGUAUGUUAUACUUAGAUAGAAGCACUAGGCUGCCCUCACGUUUGUCCCCUGAUAGGUAUUAACUGAUAUUAUAACUCCACAGUUGGUCAUCACUUCUUUAAACAAUUCUUUUUGGUAUAGGGACAUCAAAGGGAUUUAUUAGCAAUAAUGUCAUGAUUGAGAAACAUUUGGGAACUGUUUUUUUUUUUUACUAUUUGCUAUUUUAGCAUUGUCUAUAAGUUGUUGAAAUAUUGCAUUCCACUUUGUAAAUCUAAUCUAUUCAGUUUCUUGAUAUUGUGUAUUCAAUGUUAGAUAAAUUAAUACAUUCAAAUUUUUGUUUAAGAUGAGUUGAUCUUUUUUAGAUUUUCAAAUCUUUUUAUCUUGCAUUUGACUUUAUCUUUUGUGUAAUUUCUCCUUUGCUAUUCACUUUCAGUUUUGGUUUCUUAUUGCUUAUUUUGGAAAGUAGCGUGUUUGUAUUCUAGUUGCGAUCAGUUAUAUCGAUAUGUUAUUCAACUACAGUAUUGACAUUGAGUUCCCAAAUGCUUUAUUGACCAAUUUGAUAGCCAUUAGGAAUUUUGAUCAAACCCAAGCUGAUUGGCUUGCGAGAUCCACUCAUGUGCUUGUGAGUGCUUGCAAGAAACUCAUUAGAAAAGCCCCAGUAUCCUUUACAUGCAAAAUAGUGUUUUUCCAAACUUGCCCAUUUCUCAGGAAUAAAUUUUUAAGGGGUAUUUUCAUGAGUAAAAUUGUGUAUGUUGGGAUUUUUUUGUUAUUGGGAUGUUUGUUUAAUUUAUUUUAUUUUUCUUGUGUCAUUGAAAUUUGCUUGUUAUUCUUAAUGUGUAUGUAAUGCAAAGGCCUUUGCAGAGAGCUAAGUCAUAUGUAUACUUGUUAUCUCGCCAUGCUGCUUAUGUCUUAUGUAUGUUAACAAAAAUCCAAAGAAAUGUUAUUGCACCAAAUUUAAUAUUGUUUGUGUCUAGGUUGUUAGGGGACUAGAUAUCGUAUACAUCUUAGUUGCGGGUGAUGGACCAAGUUCUUGAUAGCUUAUUAAUCAGAAUGAUAUUGAUUUUUUUUAUGCUUGUGGUAUUUUGCUAUAGCAUUAGAAUUUGGACAAUCACAUAUCCAGAGUUUUUGGGGCAUGUAUGAUAAGAAUGGAAAAAAAAAACAAAUAUUGUAAGCUUCUUUUCAAUUAUCUGUAGUUUAAAAUGGACAAUAUGGAGUGUGUAUCACUUGUAAUGGCAUUGUAGACUUAAACAAAAAAAAAAUAACAUGUACCUUAUUAAUUACAUGGUAUGUUUAAUUUAAUUUAUAUUUACUUACGGCUCAAGCCCUAUAGAAAUAUUAGAGGUUUUUAAUGGUAUUUCAUUCAGACCUAACAAAUACAAUUGUCGUAACUAAAAUUUACAGAAUAUACUGCAAAAUAUAAUUAUUUUGCUGUGUCGAAUUAAUCCAAUAUUACAUUACUAAUACUCUACAAAAUUCCCAGCUUGGAAAUACAUUUUAAAAUUCUGUUGCACUGAAAUUACAUAUCUUUUUUAUUUAAUUUGCAAUUUCUUUUUUAACUUUUUUGUUGGUUAUUUUUUCUUGAAUUAUGCAAAUGAGGUGGUAGGAAAUGUAUCUACCACUUUUGUGUUUGAUGUGUUUUGUUUUAAUAUGCAACACAACUUAAAAAAUCCUGCCCAUCAAUUGUAAAACAUUGGGUACAAAUAUAAUAUUAUUCUGCCAACCAUACCUUGUAACUGUACAAUGGAAUCUGUAUUCCUACACAUUUAUAAUUAGUGUCAAGCAUUUGUGUUUCAUGCAAACACUUGGUUUUAAAUGAAAUUUGCUAAGGGUUUUAUUUUUUACAAUUUUCUUAGCGUUAAGCAAUGGGUUUUUUAUUCAAACCCGCUAUGAUAUACCUUGAUUGAGUUUCGUAUAUUAAUUUUGCCUAGUUUUUCAUUCUAUAAAUGAUUAAAAACCAUUAUAGAAUGAUUGUAAGCUUUGAUUAUUAGAAAUGUUAUGGUGCUUUUCAGAUGUAAUGUGGGUGCAGAUUCAAUAAUCCAUGUUGCUAUUUUAUUUUAACAUUUUAAUUUCGUUUUUUUAAUUGUUUGCUUUUAACUGUUGAUCAGGUUUGUUAAUAAAUACUACUAGAGCAACCGAUAACUUAAGUGAUAUCAUCAAAGAUUGCCCUCCUUGCUUGGCCAUUUUUCAAUUUAAUUCCGCUGUUAUUUUCUUCCUGAUUUCAAUCAAUGUUUGCUUCCAUUUUUAACAGCUACAUGUUUUACAUAAUAAUAAUGAUAAUUAUAUUAUUAUGAUCUUAAAAGAAAUUGUUCACCCUCAGUAAGGGAGAAAUAAUACACAAUCAUGCAAAAAAAAUUGAAAAAGAUUCUCAUAUUGUUAAACUACAGGUCUGUUCAUCUCCAUUUUGUCAUGGGAUGUUAGCUUUAGAUUGUUGUGUAAAAAUGACCGUGAAUCAAUAAGUAUUUGCCAUAUCUUCCAGCUUGUAAAUUUGGGAAUUGAUGUUACUUUUUUUUUUUGGCUUCUAGAUUUAAAGGGCGCCCUCUGUAGACAUUAACAAUCGUAAUUUUUUCACGAGUUGUGUGGAUUUUUAAUGAGAAUCGACACAACUCUUACGGUAUAUGUUUAUUCAGUUUAUGAUCGUGCUUAUCAUUACUAUUACUACUACUACUACUACUAUUAUCAUUAUGAUAUUGUUUUUAUUAAAAAUAAUAUGGAUGUUACGGAAGAGGUGAUGACUGUAAACGUAGAUUUUAAGUAUCCAAGAGUUGGUGUGUGCGUGUGCUUAUGGCGGUUUUUGUACUAUGGUCGUAAUCUAACAGCCCAGAAAGCAGAAUUAUAACACUGCAAAAAAAAGCA